CAGUUCGUUUCCUAGACUCUACCGGACUUGCCCGCAUCAAUAGACGUCUAAAUCAAAUUUACAUUUCAAAUGUUUUUCAAUUUAGUGCUGUUGGGUUUUAUGGUAAACCAAAGUGGCUCUUUUCCUGUCCCUCUUGACAAAUCUCCCGAAUCCGAAGCCCAGUAUUAUCUAGCGAGUUUCGGCUACCUGGAUGCGGAAUUAAAGAAUUCAUCCACCUCGUCUGUUUCCGCUGGUACUGUGCGAAAUGCCGUAAGUGAAUUCCAGUCCUUUUUCGGCUUGGAUCCAACAGGUAUUGUGAACGAGGAAACAUUGACGUGGAUGAGGAAACCGCGUUGCGGUCUUCCGGAUCGUGAUAUAACGAAAGGUUCUUCUACUCGCCGGAAGCGCAGAAUUGAUGUUAAAGACCGUUGGACUAAAGGUGAAUUAACUUACGGUAUUCGCAAACACACGCCGGAUCUUGACAAAUCCGUCGUGGAUCGAGAAAUCGCCAAAGCAUUUCGGCUAUGGGAAGAAGUAAUUCCAUUGACCUUCACUUUUGUUGAGACGGGAAACGUUGACAUCGAUAUUAGUUUUGAGUCCGGAAGUCAUUCCGACAGUAAAGAUGAUACUCCGUUUAAAGGGCCGGGUGAAGUUUUGGCUCACGCGUUCUUUCCCCAAUCGGGUGGUGACGUACAUUUCGACGAAGCCGAAACAUGGACCAUUAGCAGUGAUGGUACGAAUCUGUUCCAGUUGGCUACUCACGAAUUUGGCCACGCCCUUGGUCUGGCCCAUUUUGAAUCCAAAACGGAUGUGAUGUUCCCAACAUUCGAAUACCGCCCUGAUUUCAAAUUGGAACCCAAUGACAUCAACAGAAUCCAGCAACUCUAUGGCAUCAACAAUAAAUGGCUAAAAUAUAAACUCAGCGAAAUUGCAGAUGACGUGAAGAAUUUGAAAAAUGAAUUGAAAGAAACGAAAAAGGAAUUGAACGAUGCAAAGAAUACCAUCGCGGAAUUGGAAACAAACGGUCACACCAAGGUCAAAUCAACGGCCUUCUAUUUUUACGUGCAAAGGAACAGUGCGUUCAACGUAGCUAAUGUUGCGAUUCCGUUCGAUGUCGCUCGAGUCAACAAUGGAAAUGCCAUGGAUUUGUCGUUGGGAAUAUUCUUGGCACCGAGAUCGGGCAUUUACUUCUUCUCCUUCACGGGAUUGGCCAGUUUCCCAGAGACGAAAUCUCCAAAUAAGGUGCAGUUAGGGAUAGGACUUUAUUUAAGAGGCAAGCGUGUCGGAAGUGCCCUAACGGAAGAGUCCAACACGGUCGACAAACAAAAGUGUCCGCUGAGUCUCCAGUCUGCGCUGAAAUUAGAGAAGCAUGACAACCUUUGGUUGCAGAUUGAUGUCCAAUCGUCAUCGGAGGUGUCUCUAUUUGACGACGCAGGUCCAGGACGAGAUGACCAUUGGACUCAUUUUACCGGAUGGAUGUUACAAGAGGAAAUUCUUGAGUCACUCUAAAUGUUCCGUGCUCUCUUGGCUCUAGAAUAUGUGCUAUAAAGAUUAAUAGCACUCUUUUCCCCUGGAUUGUUUUAAAACAGCUAGAAUCCAUUCGUUCUGAUGCCCAUGUACAAAGUCAAAAUACGUAGGGGAAUCCAAGCUGAAGAAUAUUUACUUGAUACCAACUGUUGGCUAAUUGUAAAUAUUCAAUUAUAAACACCGUGCUUGUCUUGACUUUACUAUCUGAAGGCUUCCGUUAGCCUUCGUUUGCAUGUAAAACCUACUGUGUUGAAUUAAUCACUAUGUCACACCGCAAAUGGCCUUUUUUUGCUUUUAUCACCUUCUUCUUUACAAAGUCACGCUGGCUUGAUCUCGACAAAACGUCCUUGAGAAUGACAAAUGCUUUUCCA